UUUUACCGAUGGUUAUAAAUAUUGGUGAUUUCGUAUUACCUGGGGACAAAAUUGAUAUUCAUAAGUUAUUUUUCAAAACUGAUAAUAAAGAUAACCAUUCUAAUGAUAAUACAAUUAAUCUAUCAAAAUUUAAACAUGUAAUUGGGCCAGGAAUUCGGUAUGAUGAACAUAAAGGCAUAAUUAUUACCAGAUUUGGGAAAUUAAGAUGUAGAUACACUGGUUCAAUCAAAACAUCUCAACCUAUCUCAAAAGAUAAAUCUUCAUCUGAUUCAGAUGAUGGAAAUAACCAUAAUAAUAUUGAUGGACAUACAAACUCUAAAUUAGAAAACAAAAUAGGUGCCCCCAGUGAGAAUAAUAUUAUUAAAUCUCCAUCUUCCCUAUAUUUAUGGGUAGAAUCAUGUGUCAAAUCAUAUCUUAACCCAAGUCAAGGGGAUAGGGUAAUAGGAGUUGUCCUGAAAACCCAAGAUUGCAACAUUUUAAUGGACGUUGAUCAUUCAAAGCGUGCUAUUGGUGCAGCCAUUUUACCUGAUCAAGCUUUUCAAGGGGCAACCAAACGCAAUAAACCGGACGUCAAAUCAGGCGAUUUAAUUUACGCGCGGGUAGCGGAGGCGCCUGGCUCUGGUAUAGAUCCCUUGCUUACUUGUCGACCACUUUUCGUUGGAGACCCCCAUUCUCCUGCUCUAGGUGUUCUGACUUCGGCUUGCCAUCUCAUGAGAAGUUCUAGCAAUAAAAAUAGUCUGACCGAUGAUGCCACCACCGAAGUCGCAUUGAGCGAUCUAAAUAAUGGCGGAGGAAUUUCUUUGAGUCACGUGACCGGAUUUUAUUGGGACACUUCCAUCGAUCACGUGAUCAAGUUGUUGACUACCGCAUCGCGACACGAUAAAAAUUCCGCGACAGAAGAAGAUAAUGUAGUCCCAAGACAAAAAUCAACGGGUAAUUUAUUAAAAAUGUUGGGCCAGAAUGUGCCUUUCGAGAUCGUUGUUGGUAUGAAUGGUAGAAUUUGGAUACGAUCCAAGAAUGUCGAACAAACCCUCAAAGUUUACAAUGUCAUGGAAUCGCUCAAAUAUUUGAAUCUGUCGAAAUGCUUGGAGUUUUGGCAAAAUAUUUUAGGAGAACCGUGGACAGGUGUCGGUAAGAAAGGAUCAAAUAAAAAUAGUUCUUCAAAGAAGAAGAAAAAGAAAGAGGGCUCUUUGGCUGCUACCGUUGGAAUGGAUAAUCAUAUUGAAACUAUAAUGGAUUGUUGACACAUUUUUUUCCCCACGAAUUGUUUAUAUAAUAACAUAAAUAGAAUGAUUGUGUAUAUAUAUAUAUAUAAAGAUAAAUUAUGCAAUAAAA